CUGCAGCUGGGCCGGGGCGGAGCGCCGCGCCCUGCCGGGGCCGCAAGGAGGGGCGUGUUGCUGCUGGCCCACCGCGAGCCGCCCGCAGCCCGCGCCGAGGCGCCUUCCCGCCAGGCCGCCUGCCUCCGCCUUCCGCCUCCAUUUCCCCGGAAUCUCAGCCCGGCGCGCCAGGACCCCGGCCCUUCUCCGGGUGGGGAACCUCCCGGCCGUUUUCUGGCUUCACUACUUCCUCGCAGCGUGGGCUUCCAGCCCCCUCUCUCCUUUUCCCGGACUGGGUCUCACCCCCUUCUGCCCCCUUCCUUUAGUUCAGGCUCCCAAACCCUUACCUUAGCCCAGAGUCCCAGCUCCUCAGCCACUUUCCUCAGCCAAAGAUCCCAGCCUUUUCUCUUCCUUUGCCUUGCGUGGGGUCCAGCCUAUCCUGUCCCUUCCUCUGUCCCUAGGGCGCAGUCUUCUCCUCCCACCCCCUCUCCCAGGCCUGGAAUUCCAGACCUUUUGGUUUCCUCCCGUGGUCCUUCCUGGGUCCUUGUCCCUCUUCGCCAGUUUGGAGUUCCAGAUUGCAAACCCAGCCUCCCUACACCCCCAGAGGACUGCUUCCACGAAAAUACUCUAAAACAUGAACUUUUCCUAGGGACUACCCCAGUCUGUCUUCCCACUUGCUGACCCCCCUGCUACCUAUGUCCCAGGUCUUACUCUCACUUCGCUAAGGGUUGAGACCUGCUGGUCUGGGGAAGCAACACGAUGCUUCUGUGGUCUGGCAUCUGUGGCCUCUCUCCGCCUCGGAUCUUCCCUUCGUUGCUAGUGGUGGUAGCCUUGGUGGGGCUGCUACCUGUUCUAAGGAGCCAUGGCCUCCAGCCCAGCCCUACUGCCAGCACCAUCCGAGGGUCAGAGCCACCACGGGAACGCUCAAUUGGGGAUGUCACCACUGCCCCACUGGAGGUCACCCCGGAGAGCCGCCCUGUUAACCAUUCCAUCACUGAACAUGGCACGAAGAAUCGAAAGCCCUUUCCCGUCUUGGGCAUCGACUACAAACAUGUUCGCAUACCCUUCGAGAUCUCCCUCUGGAUCCUGCUGGCCUGCCUCAUGAAGAUAGGUUUCCAUGUGAUUCCCACUAUCUCGAGCAUCGUCCCGGAGAGCUGCCUGCUGAUUGUGGUGGGGCUGCUGGUGGGGGGCCUGAUCAAGGGCGUGGGCGAGACGCCCCCCUUCCUGCAAUCAAACAUCUUCUUCCUCUUCCUGCUGCCUCCCAUCAUCCUGGAUGCGGGCUACUUCUUGCCACUGCGACAGUUCACAGAGAACCUGGGCACUAUCCUGAUCUUCGCCGUGGUGGGCACGCUGUGGAAUGCCUUCUUCCUGGGUGGCCUCAUGUACGCCGUAUGCCUAGUGGGCGGCGAGCAGAUCAACAACAUCGGCCUCCUGGACAACCUGCUCUUUGGCAGCAUCAUCUCGGCCGUGGACCCUGUGGCCGUUCUGGCCGUCUUCGAGGAAAUUCACAUCAAUGAGCUGCUGCACAUCCUCGUCUUCGGGGAGUCCCUGCUCAAUGACGCCGUCACUGUGGUCCUGUAUCACCUCUUUGAGGAGUUUGCCAGCUACGACCAAGUGGGCAUCGUGGACAUCGUCCUCGGCUUCCUGAGCUUCUUCGUGGUGGCCUUGGGUGGGGUGUUUGUGGGCGUGGUCUACGGGAUCAUCGCAGCCUUCACCUCCCGGUUCACUUCCCACAUCCGUGUCAUCGAGCCGCUCUUCGUCUUCCUCUACAGCUACAUGGCCUACCUGUCAGCCGAGCUCUUCCACCUGUCAGGCAUCAUGGCACUCAUUGCCUCAGGAGUGGUGAUGCGCCCCUACGUGGAGGCCAACAUCUCGCACAAGUCGCACACCACCAUCAAAUAUUUCCUGAAGAUGUGGAGCAGCGUCAGUGAGACCCUUAUCUUCAUCUUCCUCGGUGUGUCCACCGUAGCCGGCUCCCACCACUGGAACUGGACCUUCGUCAUCAGCACUCUGCUCUUCUGCCUCAUCGCCCGAGUGCUUGGCGUGCUGGGCCUGACCUGGUUCAUCAACAAGUUCCGCAUUGUGAAGCUGACCCCCAAGGACCAGUUCAUCAUCGCCUAUGGGGGCCUGCGAGGGGCCAUCGCCUUCUCCCUGGGCUACCUCCUGGACAAGCAGCACUUCCCCAUGUGCGACCUAUUCCUCACUGCCAUCAUCACCGUCAUCUUCUUCACUGUCUUUGUGCAGGGCAUGACCAUUCGGCCUCUGGUAGACCUGUUGGCUGUGAAGAAAAAGCAAGAAACGAAGCGCUCCAUCAAUGAGGAGAUCCACACACAGUUCCUGGACCACCUUCUGACAGGCAUCGAGGACAUCUGUGGCCACUAUGGCCACCACCACUGGAAGGACAAGCUGAACCGGUUCAAUAAGAAGUACGUGAAGAAGUGUCUGAUAGCCGGUGAGCGCUCCAAAGAGCCGCAGCUCAUCGCUUUCUACCACAAGAUGGAGAUGAAGCAGGCCAUCGAGCUGGUUGAGAGCGGGGGCAUGGGCAAGAUCCCCUCUGCUGUCUCCACCGUCUCCAUGCAGAACAUCCACCCUAAGUCCCUGCCUGCUGAACGUAUCCUGCCAGCACUGUCCAAGGACAAGGAGGAGGAGAUCCGCAAAAUCCUGAGGAACAACUUGCAGAAGACCAGGCAGCGGCUACGCUCCUACAACAGACACACGCUGGUGGCAGACCCCUACGAGGAGGCCUGGAACCAGAUGCUGCUCCGGAGACAGAAGGCCCGGCAGCUGGAGCAGAAGAUCAACAACUACCUGACGGUGCCGGCCCACAAGCUGGACUCGCCCACCAUGUCGCGGGCCCGCAUCGGCUCAGACCCACUGGCCUAUGAGCCGAAGGCAGACUUACCUGUCAUCACCAUCGACCCAGCCUCCCCACAGUCACCCGAGUCUGUGGACCUGGUGAAUGAGGAGCUGAAGGGCAAGGUCCUGGGCCUGAACCAGGAUCCAGCGAGGGUGGCCGAGGAGGACGAGGACGAUGAUGGGGGCAUUAUGAUGCGGAGCAAGGAGCCUUCAUCCCCAGGCACCGAUGAUGUCUUCACCCCUGCGCCAAGUGACAGCCCCAGCUCCCAGAGGAUACAGCGCUGCCUCAGCGACCCAGGCCCCCACCCUGAACCUGGGGAGGGAGAGCCUUUCAUCCCCAAGGCGCAGUAGCGCCAGGGCCAGUGGGCAGCACCCGUCCCACCACAGACUCUCCCACCAGAGCAGGGGCUGCUGGGGGAGCUGGGGGGCUCCCCUCGCCCUUCCUGAGCUGGAUCGGCCCUGCCCCUCCCCCCACCGCAUGGCAGCUGGGCCCACAGCCCCCACCGCAGCACGGCUUCCCCACCAGAACUGCCUUCCCCAUCCCUGUGGCAGAGCUGCCGGGGCUGUUAAGACAGGCCUGCCCCUUGCCCAGACCCAGGUUCUCCCAUGCCCGGGCUCAGGCCUCUGAGUCGGAGGCCUGCCCCUUCCUCCACUCCAUCACCCACCUCACGCAGACCAAUCUUAGUUUCUAACCAAAGAGCCUGUGGCUCAGCUGUGGUCUCACCCAGGAAGGGAAGGAACUGAGGCCCCUUUUGGCCUAGGCCAGGCCCUUCUUUAUCAGGGUAAACACCAGGGGACCAGGCGUGUGGUGGGGGGAGGGAUCGAUGACCCAUGGCAACGUCACCCUACUCCUGCCAGCUCUGUCCCCCUGGCCAGCUGCCCUGACCUGUCCUCACUCAGCUGCAGGCUGAGGGCAUCUCUGAGCUUCUCUGCCUGGAGCUGGGGUGCUUUGGACAGUGAUGUGACUCAGAGCUUUUCUAACUGUGCUCCUUUGGGGAUCACUGGGCCCUUCAGGGGCUGCUGCCAGGUAAGGGACUGUCUGAGGCUCCAGAAAGUGCUGCCUUUUUAUGUUUUGUUUGUUCACACUUCCAUGUAUGACUGUUUGCACAGAGGGCACUCCCUUUUUUUUUUUUUAAGGAUGACCGGUAAGGGGAUCUUAACCCUUGACUUGGUGUUGUCAGCACCACGCUCAC